GGCGUUUCGGGCACGAUCCGUGUCGUGUAUGCUGUCAAGUCGGCAGCAAUUUCUUACAAUUUGACAGUUAUUCGUCAACAAUUGAGUAUCGAAAAUGUCGGAUUCAAAGUACUUCACCACCACCAAGAAGGGUGAGAUCUUUGAAUUGAAGUCAGAACUCAACAAUGACAAGAAAGAGAAGAAGAAGGAAGCAGUGAAGAAGGUCAUUGCAUCGAUGACCGUCGGCAAGGACGUCUCAGCUCUCUUCCCAGACGUCGUCAACUGUAUGCAGACGGACAAUCUCGAGCUGAAGAAACUCGUCUACCUUUACCUGAUGAACUACGCCAAGAGCCAGCCCGACAUGGCCAUCAUGGCAGUCAACACGUUCGUCAAGGAGCUAGCGACAUCUCCGAUGACAAAGGACUGCGAGGAUCCAAAUCCCCUGAUUCGUGCGCUGGCAGUGCGCACCAUGGGCUGCAUCAGAGUCGACAAGAUCACAGAGUACCUGUGUGAACCGUUGAGGAAGUGUCUGAGGGAUGAGGAUCCCUACGUGAGGAAAACAGCAGCUGUUUGUGUUGCUAAACUUUAUGAUAUCAAUGCAGGACUGGUUGAGGAUCAGGGAUUCUUAGAUCAGCUCAAGGAUCUAUUGUCUGACAGUAAUCCUAUGGUCGUCGCGAACGCGGUGGCAGCCCUCUCCGAGAUAAACGAGUCGUCCCCAAGUGGUCAGCCCCUCGUAGAGAUGAACGCCCAAACCAUAAACAAGUUGCUUACCGCCCUGAACGAGUGCACCGAGUGGGGUCAGGUCUUCAUCCUGGACUCCCUCGCCAACUACUCCCCAAAAGACGACCGCGAGGCGCAGAGCAUCUGCGAGCGAAUAACCCCCCGCCUGGCCCACGCCAACGCAGCAGUCGUCCUCUCCGCAGUCAAGGUCCUAAUGAAACUGAUGGAGAUGCUGCAAUCAGAAUCCGACUUCGUGGGUACCCUCACGAAGAAGCUGGCGCCACCCUUAGUGACCCUCCUCAGUUCUGAACCUGAAGUCCAGUACGUGGCGCUCCGCAACAUAAACCUGAUCGUCCAGAAGCGUCCGGACAUCCUCAAGCACGAGAUGAAAGUCUUCUUCGUCAAGUACAACGACCCAAUCUACGUGAAACUAGAGAAGCUCGACAUAAUGAUCCGUCUCGCCUCCCAGGCGAACAUAGCGCAGGUGCUCUCCGAGUUGAAAGAAUACGCAACAGAAGUCGACGUGGACUUCGUGAGAAAAGCAGUCAGAGCGAUUGGCAGAUGCGCCAUCAAGGUGGAGCCCUCGGCCGAGCGUUGUGUCUCGACCCUCCUCGACCUGAUCCAGACAAAGGUCAACUACGUCGUCCAGGAGGCAAUCGUGGUGAUCAAAGACAUCUUCCGUAAGUACCCCAACAAGUACGAGAGCAUAAUCUCCACCUUGUGCGAGAAUUUGGACACCCUGGACGAGCCAGAGGCCCGAGCCUCCAUGAUCUGGAUCAUCGGGGAGUACGCGGAGAGAAUUGACAAUGCCGACGAGCUCCUCGAGAGCUUCCUCGAGGGUUUCCACGACGAGAACACUCAGGUGCAGUUGCAACUUCUCACAGCAAUCGUCAAACUGUUCCUGAAACGACCCACAGACACUCAGGAGCUGGUGCAGCAGGUGCUCAGUCUGGCCACCCAGGACUCCGAUAACCCUGAUCUGAGGGACCGAGGGUUCAUCUAUUGGAGAUUAUUGAGUACAGACCCGGCAGCUGCCAAGGAAGUGGUCCUCGCUGAGAAGCCCUUGAUCUCAGAGGAGACAGACCUCUUGGAACCGACUCUCCUCGACGAGUUGAUCUGUCAUAUUUCGAGUCUGGCCUCGGUGUACCACAAGCCACCGACAGCCUUUGUCGAGGGGAGGUCAGCAGGGGCGAGGAAGUCCCUUCCAGCCAGGACGAAUUCCAAUGAGGACGCGCAGAGGACGAGCGCUCCACAGGCCCAGGUCAUCCCAGCCCAGGAUUCGUUGAUAGGGGAUUUGUUGAGCAUGGAUAUUGGGGGGCCUUCAGCAGUGGCUGCUGCCCCUGCAGCGCCCACUGGCAUGGGUCUGGAUCUUCUCGGCGGUGGGCUUGACAGCAUUCUAGGGGGAGGGGACACUGCGGCUCCUGCUGUCUCGCAAACCACCACCGGACUCCUUGGGGACAUAUUCGGGUUUAAUCAGGGGCCAGCUCCCUACGUGGCACCCAAGGUCAACUGGCUACCAGCCGAGAAGGGAAAGGGCUUCGACAUCUGGGGGACCUUCAACAGGAAGAAUGGACAGAUCACUAUGGACAUGACCUUUACCAAUAAAGCGAUGCAGAGCAUGGGGGGUUUUGCCAUUCAGUUGAAUAAAAACAGCUUUGGUCUGACUCCAGCUGCUCCUCUCGCUGUGCCUGGACCUCUCGGUCCUGGCGCCAGCAUCGAGGUGUCUGUGGUGCUCUCCACUGCUGGGGCGGUUCAGAGGAUGGAACCCCUGAACAAUCUCCAAGUGGCUAUCAAGAAUAAUAUUGAUGUCUUCUAUUUUGCUUGCGUUGUUCCCAUGCAUGUUUAUUUCGCUGAGGAUGGACAGCUUGAUAAGAGGGUUUUCUUGUCCACGUGGAAGGAUAUACCUGCCCAGAAUGAGGUCCAGUACACCCUCAAUGGAAUCAUGCUCACUGCUGAUCAGGUCGUGCAGAAGAUGCAGCAGAAUAAUGUUUUUACCAUUGCUAAGAGGAACGUCGAGGGCCAGGAUAUGCUUUAUCAGUCUCUGAAACUUACGAAUAAUGUUUGGGUGCUUAAUGAACUGAAAAUUCAACCGGGGAAUCCUGAUGUUACGCUCUCCUUGAAGUCUCGCACUGUGGAUGUUGCUGCGGGUGUUUUUGCGUCAUACAACGCUAUCCUCCAUUCUUGAAUGGAGGGUUGAGAGAAAGGAAUUGAUGGUCUUGCGGACGUAUUCAUCACGGUGGGAGUAAUCGCUGUGGUUUAUUAUGUCAGGAGUGAAGAUUAUUAUUGAAGGUUGGGAGACAUGUUGAGGUCACUGACCUCUGGAUAUUCCAGUAGGUUUAAUGAAAUUAUGUACUAUAUAUAAGGAUAAUAAAUCAUUGAUUAAGGAUUAA